UGGUGGUGGUGGUGGAGGAGGAGGAGGAGGAGGAGAGGGGGAAGAAGGUGAAAGGGAGGAGGACACAAAGCAUUGGACGGAAAACGGGUACUCCAAAGAAUGGCUUUCUUGGACAACCCAGCCAUUAUAUUGGCCCACAUUCGACAGUCCCAUGUGACUAGCGACGACACAGGCAUGUGUGAGAUGGUGCUAAUCGACCACGACGUAGACUUGGAGAAGUGCCAACUGGCCUCAGUGCCCGGCAGCAGUGGCGGGUCGCUGGGGUCGGGCUUCCUGGGCGAGGGAGGUAGUGGCGGAGGGGAAAGCCAAGGCUGUGACCUCUCCCAGUCCAUGGACAUAACCUCCAGCUGGGACUUUGGCAUUCGCCGGCGAUCCAACACAGGACGUCAACAAGGAAGACGAGAAAAACCUGGGGUGGCUGCUCAAAGACUUGAAAGGCUAAGGAAGGAGCGACAGAACCAGAUCAAAUGCAAAAAUAUUCAGUGGAAGGAAAGGUCAUCCUCAAAAUCAGCAGAGGACUUGGGGUCGUUGUUUGAGAAGCGGGACUUCAAGGAUAGGCCCAAGAGCACAGGUACCAAGUCUACCCUGUCACUGCGACUGGAGCAGUGCCCCCAGCAACUCAAUAACCCCUUCAACGAGUACUCCAAAUUCGACGGGAAGGGCCACAUAGGUACAACUGCAACCAAAAAGAUUGACGUCUACCUCUCGAUGCAGUCGGCCCAGGAGAAACUGCAUCCCAUGAUGGUGGUGACCAUCGCCAAUGCCCGCGUCCACGACCUUAUUGGCCUCAUCUGCUGGCAGUACACCAGUGAGGGACGGGAGCCUAAACUCAACGAGAACGUGAACUUGUACUGCCUCCACAUCGCCGAGGACGACGGCGAGGUGGACACAGACUUCCCCCCUCUGGACUCCAAUGAGCCCAUCCACAAGUUUGGCUUCAGCACCCUGGCCUUGGUGGAGAAGUACUCCUCUCCCGGCCUGGCUGCCAAGCAAUCUCUCUUUGUACGAAUAAAUGCUGCUCAUGGCUUUUCCCUCAUUCCAGUGGACAGCCUGAAGGUGACCAUGAAGGAGAUCCUGCAGAAAGCGCUCAAGAAGAGGAAAGGCUCACAGAAAGGUUCAGGUCCCAUGUACAGACUUGAGAGGCAGGCGGAACCCAACGUGGCCGUAGAUCUGGACUGCACCCUAGAGAGCCAGAGCACCCUGGAGUUCUGCUUGGUCAGAGAAAACAGCUCCAGAGGAGAGGAGAGCUCGGAGGAGGACCCUCCCAUCGACAUCACCACGGUUCAGGACAUGUUGAGCAGCCACCAUUACAAGUCCUUCAAGAUCAGUAUGAUCCACAAGCUGCGCUUCACCACCGACGUGCAGCUAGGUGUCUCGGGGGAGAAGGUUGAGAUCGACCCGGUCACCAACCAGAAGACGAGCACCAAGUUCUGGAUCCGACAGAAGCCCAUCUCCAUCGACUCAGACCACCUCUGUGCCUGUGAUCUCGUGGAGGAGAGGAGCCCCAGUCAUGCAAUAUUCAAGCUGACUUAUCUCAGUAGCCACGACUACAGGCCCCUGUACUUUGAGUCCGAUGCUGCUACCGUCAAUGAAAUCGUGCUCAAGGUCAACUACAUCCUGGAGUCGCGGGCGAGCACGUCACGGGCGGACUACUUUGCCCAGAAGCAACGGAAGAUGAGCCGGCGCACUAGCUUCAGCUUUCAGAAAGAGAAGAAGUCUGGCCAGUAGACAGAGAGAGAGAGAGAGACGUACAAAUCAUUUGGAUGACCGUCUUAUCGGUCGGAGCCAGGGACAGAGCGAUGGACACAUGAACAGGGCCUGACGAACUGGCACAGAAGAGGAAACGGGUCCGAAGGAAGAGAGAGAGACGGGGACUUAAAAGAGGAACAUGGAGAGUUGUGAGGGAAGGGCGCAAAGAACAUGUCGCGGAAGAGAGAGGGCGUAAACGAGAGACGCGUACAAAGAGCUUCCUGUACUCCCUCCUCAUAUAAAGGUCUCCAUUCGGCAGCCAUAUCAGAAAAAGGCUCAUCAUAAAAAGGCUCUUCACAGGCGUUUGUCUCUUUAAAGAAUGUCCAAAUCAAAUGUUACAAAGACACAAAGCAGGUCUUAUUUCGAACUGUUGUGAAUGAGACGAAGCUUUAACCCUCAAACACAUACUGUAUAUUGGAGGUGGGGAUUAAGACGGAAAAUGUUGUGUCAAUGUCAGAAUUAUUAUACGAAACCAUGUUUAUCUACUGCCGAUGAAUCAAAUCGACACAUCGCUCUCAGAUGCAUAGAGUUGGCUGGUGACAAACAUCUUUAGCCACUAGGAAGAUGAGACAAAGCAUUUGGAAUUCCCUGCUUCUGCCCUGAUAUAUGUACCCAAAUGUUAACUUUAUCAGACUAUUGGUCCACAUUUACAUGUUAAGGGACAUCCUUGCAUUUUUAUUUGUAUAUAGCAAAUUGAUUCAGGGUUUAAAUCAUUAUGACAACUGCUUUGGCCAUAUUACUUCAGUGCCUGAAACCAUUCUAUAAGGGAGUGGGGGGAGUCAUACUAUUGUCAGUUCUGCUAAGGUAUUAUGAUGAUUUUUAAUAAAAUGGCUAGAAAAAGGUAUUACAAUACCUUAUAAAUGAAAGGAAUCCCUCCAACAUUACUCUUCAACAGCAAGGGUAGAGUACAGAGAUAAAUUCAGAGGGGUACGAACAUCAAAGAUUUUUAUGAUUUGAAACCGAGACAAAAACAAAUGAAAUUAUUACCUGUACUUUUUACUGUGACCUAUAAAUGUUUAUGCAUUUUAUCUAUGGACUGUAAGCUAAUGAAUUAAGCACUGUCUGUUAAACAGAUCCUAAUGUUUGUUCAGACUGUCUCGGCAGUUAGGGAAUGUAUGACAUUUUUACAACAUUUUGUGGAUGUUGUUAAUACAAUGACAUUAUAUGAAUUCAGUUCA